AUGGCUGAAGAAGAAAUUGUAAAAAUUAAUCGAAAAUUACAAAAAAUGAUUGAUAAAUCCGAUGUUGAUGAAAGUAUUGCUAGAGAUUUACUUGUUCGUUUACAAGAAUCACGUAUAACACUUACUAUACUUCAAAAAACUGGUAUUGGAAAAACUGUAAACAAUUUACGACGAUUAAUUGCUAAUGAAGAUUUAUCAACUGUCGCUAAAAGUCUUUUGAAAAAUUGGAAAAAACUUGUACCUGAAUCGACAUCAGUACCAACAACUAAAGAUGAAAAACAAACAUCAACAUCAUCAAAUAAUAAUAGUAGUCAAAGUUCUCAGGAAAUAAAUGUAAAUAGUGGAAAAAAUAUCGAUUCAAAUAAAUCAAUUGAACGACAACCAUCUCAAAAAGCUUCAUCAUCACAAAGUUUUACAGCUUUACAUACAGAAGAUGAAGUUCGUUUAAAAUCACGUGAUCUCUUAGCUGGAGCACUUUCAAUGGUUGAACUACCUGAAGGAUCUGCUGAUCCAGUAGAAUUAGCUGCACGAGUUGAAGAUGCAAUUUAUAAAGAACUUAGAGAUACAGGUGUUAAAUAUCGUAAUCGUAUUCGUAGUCGUAUUUCUAAUUUAAAAGAUGCAAAAAAUCCAAAUCUUCGUAUCAAUGUUCUUCUCGGUAUAAUAACACCUGAAAGAUUAGCUGUACUUACUGCUGAAGAAAUGGCUAGUGAUGCAUUAAAACAAGAACGAUCAAAAUUAACAGAUUUAGCCAUCAAUGAAUAUCAACUUGCAACAGAUGAAGGUGUGGGCACUGAUCUUAUUCAAUGUCGACGAUGUAAACACAAUAAUUGUGCAUACACAGAAGCUCAAACUCGUAGUGCUGAUGAGCCAAUGACUUUAUUUGUUUUAUGUAAAAAUUGUGGAAAUCGUUGGAAGAUGUAA